AUGCCAAAAUUCUCUCUGAAGACCCUUCCAAAAGAGCUAUCAACGCAAGUAUUCGAUCGAACCAGUUUCCACGAUGCUCUCACUUUAUUCAGAACCGUUAAACUGGCUCAUCAGAAUUAUCUCAAGAAGGGGCUCUUUCCUCCACGAAUCGCCGAGAUCACAAUGAAGAUCAAUCCGAACAAAGAUGGCUAUUUUGUCGAUGUGAAAAUCGUCUGGCCCAAGGGUGAGUCUUAUGAAUUGGGCCUAUGCGAGAAUGGCUUCGACGCGCAACGAUUGCGGGAUCGGCUCGAGGGAUGGAAACUAAGAGAAUCGAAAAAAUUCGAGAACCAUCUCCGCUUUCCUCUCUUCAUUCUCUCAACAAUUCGAUCCUGUCAAUCCCUGAGCAUUGUCCGUGGAAUUUACACCUCAAUCGAGGAUAUACCGGCAACUUUCUCGGAUCUUUUUAAAAGAAGGAAGUUUUUCUCGAGAAUUGGCAUUGUUUCAAGAAUGCGAGUGAUCAGUGAUGGCUUUAUUGAUGUAUUUGACCACUUUUGCCCAAUGGUUUCCGAUAAAUUAAAGCUUUUUGGAGGUUCUGUAGAGAAAAAUCGGAAAAUAUUCGAGAAACCUCAGCUGAAUGGCUGUAAAAUCUAUGAGUUCCUGAAUUGGGAACCCGAUUUUCAAAUUUUAAGUCAAACAAGCGCCAAUUUCUAUCAAUUUCACUAUGGGGAGAAGGGAAAGAUGCUCGAAUCAAUGAGAGUCUUAAUAAGACAACACGCGACUAUUUCUGCUGACCUCCUGAUGCUCAAAUAUCGCCUGAAUAGAAAUUGUGUCGAGAUGAUCGACGAGAAUUUACAUGAGAUCCUCGGAGCCAUGCCCAAUGAUGAGGAAUUUGAAUGUAUCUGUUGGAAUGGAGAGCCCGGAUCGCUUGAUGAGGUCGAGUUUCUCGACUUGUGCUUUUACGAGAAAGAUGAGCCGAAAUUGAAAGAGUUUUGGGAAUUCGAGCGGAUAUUGUCCACUUUUCAAAAGAAAGUCCAGACGCGGGCGAUUGGGUAUUUUGUGAGGAAAAGCGGGGAUUUGGAGGUGAUGAUGAGAAGCGUUGAGGGAAUGAAGAGACGCCUCGUCGGGUGGAGGGAAAUCGACGAGGAGAUUGUCGAAAUUCAAGUGAUUCUUCGGAAAAGAUGGCCACUUAAA